UCUCUGGCAUGCAUAGCCACACUGCUUAGCGUGGGGUGGCAGGUCUUGUCUUGUCAUCGUCUUGUCAGUUGACCGCCAUCAUGGCCACAGUCAUAGGCUCCGCCGAUUUCAAGUGAUUCCUGUGAGGCAGUGCAAGUAUGGAUGUUCUAACUGGAAGGAACCUGACCCUACUAUCCCAGGUAGAUACAUCUUCUCAUGGGUAACGCAUCAAGCACCAAUACGCAUAGGUGGCUUCACUGUGAGGACGUACUUCGUCUCAUCCUUGCGGAGAUUCCCCGUCCAGACCUCAAAUCUGCAUCUUUGAUCAGCCGCGACUUCGCCGUCGUAGCGCGUGGGCUCAUCUUGCAGCGAUUUGUGCUGGAUAUAUCAGAUGAGAACAAGUGUAAGCGCAGGCUAGACACGCUGCGUUCAUCUCCGCACAUUUCCGAACGUGUCACGGAGCUCGCCAUUGUCGGCGAACUCACACAGAAAUCGUGGUAUCAUCAUCUAAAGGAACUCGACGACGGUUCGCCUGCCGAACUAGAACGAGUCGAAUCCCUCGAAGAACUCCAACGGAUUAUCCAGGGUGGGAUCUUAAAAGCGGGAUUACAGAAAGUGCGGUGAGCACGACCCCGCUGUCGGUACACAUGCACGGG